GUUUCCGCCGCCGGGACAGAGGCGCCGGCCGGGCUGGGCCGGGCUCGGGGAAGCGCCGCACGGUCAGAGUUGUUUUGCCAGUUGCCGCGGCCGGGUCGGCUUCUCGACCGAGGGGUGAGAAGCGUCGGCGACAGCAGGACGAGCCCGCGGCCCGGGGAUCGGGGCAUGCGGGACUGGGAAUCCGGGCUCUGAGCCGCCGAGCCCCGCCAGGGAAGCGCCGGGGGGUCCCGACGGAGCCAUGGAUCCUGGGCAGCCUCAAACGCAGCAGCCGCCGCAGGCAGCGCAGCCCCCGGCCUCGCAGCAGCAGCAGCCGCCGCCGCAGCCCCCGGGCGCGGUGUCGGGGGCCCCGGCCGGCGCGGCGCAGCCCCCGGGUGCGGGGCCUCCUCCGGCGGGGCACCAGAUCGUCCAUGUGCGGGGCGACUCGGAGACCGACUUGGAGGCGCUAUUCAACGCCGUGAUGAACCCCAAGGGCGCCAACGUGCCACACACGCUGCCCAUGCGGCUGCGGAAAUUGCCCGACUCCUUCUUCAAGCCGCCCGAGCCCAAGGCCCACUCCCGCCAGGCCAGCACUGAUGCCGGGACAGCAGGAGCCCUGACCCCACAGCAUGUUCGAGCUCAUUCCUCUCCAGCAUCACUGCAGCUGGGAGCUGUUUCUCCAGGGACACUUACACCCUCUGGAGUAGUGGCUGGACCUGGAGCUCCAUCAUCUCAACAUCUCCGCCAGUCUUCUUUUGAGAUCCCUGAUGAUGUACCUUUGCCACCAGGUUGGGAGAUGGCUAAGACGCCAUCUGGACAGAGAUACUUUCUUAAUCACAUUGAUCAAACAACAACAUGGCAAGAUCCUAGGAAGGCCAUGCUUUCCCAGAUGAAUGUUACAGCUCCCACCAGUCCUUCUGUGCAGCAGAACAUCAUGAACUCAGCAUCAGGCCCACUCCCCGAUGGAUGGGAACAAGCUAUGACCCAGGAUGGAGAAAUUUACUACAUAAACCAUAAGAACAAGACCACAUCUUGGCUAGACCCAAGGCUUGACCCACGCUUUGCCAUGAAUCAACGAAUCAGCCAAAGUGCUCCUGUCAAACAGCCACCUCCUUUGGCUCCUCAGAGUCCCCAGGGUGGUGUGAUGGGUGGUAGUAGCUCCAAUCAGCAACAACAGAUGAGACUUCAGCAGCUACAGAUGGAGAAAGAAAGGCUGAGACUGAAGCAUCAAGAAUUGCUUCGGCAGGUGAGGCCACAGGCAUUGCGGAAUAUCAAUCCCAGCACAGCCAAUUCUCCAAAACAUCAGGAAUUGGCUCUCCGUAGCCAGCUUCCAGCAAUGGAACAAGACGGUGGAUCUCAAAACCCUGUGUCAUCUCCUGGAAUGUCUCAGGAACUGAGAACCAUGACUACAAAUAGUUCUGAUCCCUUUCUUAACAGUGGAACAUAUCACUCCAGAGAUGAAAGCACAGAUAGUGGACUUAGCAUGAGCAGUUACAGUGUACCCAGAACCCCAGAUGACUUCCUGAAUAGUGUUGACGAGAUGGAUACAGGUGACAGUAUCGGCCAAAGUAACAUACCAUCCCAUCAGAACCGUUUCCCAGACUACCUUGAAGCCAUUCCGGGGACAAAUGUGGACCUUGGGACACUGGAAGGAGAUGGAAUGAAUAUAGAAGGAGAAGAACUGAUGCCAAGUCUGCAAGAGGCUUUGAGCUCUGACAUCCUUAAUGACAUGGAAUCUGUCUUGGCAGCCACCAAGCUAGAUAAAGAGAGUUUUCUUACUUGGUUAUAGGGCCUCAGGGAGACUGAAUUCUAAAUCUGUGAAGGAUCUAAGGAGAUUAGGACAUCUGUAUCUGAAGUUCAGAACAAGCCAGUGUGGUGCACUUUGGCUUGUGUUCAGAAAACGUAAAUGAACAAAUAUUCAACAAGAUUCUUUGGGUUUGCUCUUCCUUGUCCAUCGCUSCUGUUAUAUAUUGCUGACUUUUUUCCACAGUUGACUCUGAAGAACAGACAUCUUCUUGAUCUUUUUCUAUUGCUGUUGCAACUACUGUUCAAGGGGGGCGGGGAGGGAUGAUGAGCCUAUUUUGGAUGACGAAUGCCAUUCCUUUUGUCCUAGUGUGCGCUUGCAUAUCAUUUUAUCUAAGUAUUCAGAUUUGAGAGUUAAUUUCUGCAUGUCACUGCUUGUAGUUUGCUCAGCUAGUUGUCUACUGCUGACUGUGGCAAGUGGUAAAACAUGACAUACUGGGGUGACAAGCCAAAAAUGAUGUAUCUGGUCAAAAGAAGUCAAUACUGAUUUGGAUAUACGUAAAGGAGAGCUGAAGACUGUUUGGCAUUAAGUGUUCCUGCUAGUAGCUCUUGCAUUAGCCAUGAAGUGCUCUUGUUCAUAUUUUAUGUUAUAGUAAAUCAUGAGUCAUUUUACAUAGAAACAUAUAUGAACUUUGUUGCCACAUACUCUAGCCUAACUUCCAUUUGUCAAAAAUACUUUUAUUAUUUUUGUUAGUUGGUUUAACUGUAGCUGUAGGAUGGGAAGUAAUUAUAGGUGUUCUGGGUUUUUUUUUUAAUAGUGAAAUCUAAUUUUUUUUUCUGAUUUCACACAGUCUUAUUUAAAUCUGAAUUGUCUGCUUUUUUUAUACUUAAACCAUGCCUAUUGUAGCCUAAUAAGCUAGUGAGUACAUAAACCAGUAUGUUUUGCCUGUAACUUUUUUUUUAAAGGCUAGCUUUGAAUGUAAUCAUUAGAUUCAUGACCAGUGGCUUAUUUUUCAUGUGUAUUUGCAAGACUUUGAAUUAGAAUCUAAUAACAGCAAUGUAAAAGUUAGAAUCCUGUGUCAUAUGUACAAAUUUUAAAUGCAUUUUGGAGUAGCAGAACCAUUUUAAAAUUACAUCUAAUCUCUCUUCUGAUUUCCAAUUUUGGUGCCUAAAUGAGUUCAGAUUAUAAAAUCCUUUAUGGGAAAAAAUUAUAAGAAAUUUCUCUUAUGUUGGCACGGACAAAAAGUCUGAACUAUUAAUAUCACUCUGCGUUGCAAUGAAAAGGCUAGAACACCAAAAAACUCCUCAAUAAAAACUUUUAAGUGUAAUAGUUACCAAGUUCUGUUUGGUGAAAAAUAAGCCCUGGACACUAUAUGUAGAAGAAUGUAAAGAUAUGUUAGAUGGUGACAUGAGCAGGUAAGUGUAUAUUAGUAGUAGAGCUUAGCAUGGGGUAGAGGUGAAUAUGAAUUACCUUUAUUUUAACAGGAAAAGAUGUAUCGCUAAGUUGUCUGCAGGAGUUUCCAAAGAGUAUUUUUAAAUGAACAAAAUGAGCGUGAAUCAAACUUUCAGUAUAAGCUAUGAAUUUUUGUGGGGCUUUUGGGUGUUUUUCUGAUGAAAAAUAGUGUCACCAGUUAACACCUCUAUAAUUAAGGGCCUGUCACCAUUCUCAACCCUGAGCCUUUAUUUUUGAGGAUGUAUAACAUGACUAUAUAAAGAUACUGUAAGUGUGAAACUUAGUUUUGGAAAAAACCUCAGAUAGCAGGGACUUCUCCUGAGGAGAGAUUUUUUUGGGUUUUACUGUUUUGCAUUUUUUAAAGCAAUUUUUUCAAGCUGGGAAUGAAUCAGCAAAACAAACAGAAGAUCCAAAAGUAUUACUAUUGCCAUUUGUAUUUCUUUUAUGCUUCAGAAAUAAUUCUGUUUUAGGAUGAUGUAAAGAAGGAAAACUCUUAACCAAAUCCCAUUUUAAAAAACUGAAGCAGCAGAGGCAGAGAUUUGAAAUUUGCCACUGUAAAUGUACAUUUACUACUUUACAUGAAGAUAUUAUUAUUUGAAAAACACAGAAUUUUGUGGCUUGUUAUGGGAUACAGCCAAGUUUUAAAAUACCAAUUUUUAAAACACAUUCAAAAUUAUAUAUAUUCUGCUACACCAAUAAUUCAGCGAUUAAUAGGCCACUUAUAUUGUGCAAUGACACAGUAGCUCCUAAAGCAGUGUAUUGUGUCCAAGAUAGGGAUUUUAGUAGCAUUUUUGCAAUUUCAUAAUUUUCUUACCUUCCCUUCAGAAAAAAAAAAAAUAUACUAAAUUUUCAUAACUUGAAUGAUCUCACAUAAAACCACAACAGCAAGGAAACUCAGAGUUUAUUCUAUUUCGGUUGUCUGCCACAAUUGUAUCCAGGUAUUAUAGCACAUGGAGAAUCACAGAAUAAGCUUGAGUUGGAAGGGACCCUUCAGAUCAUCAAGUCCAACUCCUGGCCCUGCACAGGGCAUCCCAAGAGUCACACCAUGUGCCCAAGAGCAUUGUCCAAAUCCUCCUUGAACUCUUUCAGGCUUGGUGCUGUGACCACUUCCCUGGGGAGCCUGAUUCACUGCCCAACCACCCUCGGGUGAAAAACCUUUUUCUGAUACCCAACCUACACCUCCCCUAAUUCAGCUUGAAGCCAUUCCCUCAGGUCCUGUCACUGGUCACAAGAGCAAAGAGGACAGUGUUUGCCCCUCUGCUUCCCCUCACGAGGAAGUUGUAGACUGCAGUGAGGACCCCUCUCAGUCUCCCCCAGGCUGAACACCAAGUAAUCCUAGCCACUCUUCAUGUGGCUUCCCCUCAAGGCCCUGCUCCAUCUUCACUGCUCUCCUUUGGGCACUCUCCAGUAGUUUCAUGUCUUUUUCAUAUUGUGGCACCCAAAACUGCCCCCAGCACUGGAGGUGAGGCCACCCCAGGUCAGAGYAGAGUGGGACAAUCCCAUCCCUUGUCCGGCUGCCRAUGCUGUGCCUGAUGCCCUCCAGGACAUGCUUGGCCCUCCUGGCUGCCAGGGCACUGCUGGCUCAUGUUCAACUUGCCAUCAGCCAGGACCCCCAGGUCCCUUUCUGUGCUGCUUUCCAGCAUCUCAUUCCUCAGUCUGUGCACACAACCAGAUAUGGUGCACUGAGUGCAAACUCCUGACAUCUGUACCUUGCUACAGUAUAAAUGAGUGCAGAACAAAUUAUCUCUCCUUGCUUUUGUGUGUUUGUCACAGCUUUAAUAUUUGAAUGUUUUAUUCUUGUUGUAGAAACACUAAAUGGCUUAUACUGUAUUUGGGUAGCACUGCUUAGUGGAUACUGACAAACUGGGAAUCCUUGAACUGCUCUAACAUUAAUUAUGUUUUGUGAUACUUAUUUUAAUUAAGACAUUUCUGUUUUCUCAUUUAUUAGGAAACAUACCAUAGAGAUGCUGUACUGUUGGCAAUCAAUAUUAAUUUGGAUUUUUUUUUUAAUUCUGCAAAUGCAUUGUUUGAUGAAGUGGUUACAAUUGUUUGAAAUGCGAAAGUGUUUUGGGUAGUAUUUUAUACUGAUGUAUAUAUUGAAACAGAAAUCAUUGUAAUAAUUGUAAUAGCUUUUAGUUUUAAAUACACUAUAUGCAGACAGAUGGGGCUGUACAGAACUGUGCUGUUAACACCCAGGCAGGGCUAUUGCUUGGGAACAGGUUGCAGUGUCAGUGAACCAUAUGGAUCAAAUAUUGUACCAUUCAGUGUUGGCGGUCACCAAUGCAAAAGGAGGAGACAAUUUCAACAUGAUUAACACUACAUGGUAAAUUAGUACUACAGUGACCUUUUCAYUUACAAGCAUGUUUUUUAUACAAAUUAGCAGGUGUGCCUGUGUAAAAUAAUUUGUGUUCUGUAUCAUGGAAAAAGUACUCUCCACAUUUAGAAUCACAGAAUCAUGUUGUAUGUUAGAGAAUUAUGUCCAAAAUUAUACAUAUUACUUAACAAUAUUAUUUUUAGAUAUGAGCAUGACUGUAAGCUAGGUACUUAAGUACAUUCUGUUACAUUAUUUUUCUUUAUGUAAUACUUUUUCAGUUGUUUUAUUUGGUAUAAAUAUAUACUUUGUGCUUAAACAUCUUUGUUUGUUUUUAACAUUCAAUAGUAUGUAAAGAUACGGUUUCCUUCAGUAAGAUAGGUGCAUUGAAUUGUUGGAAUGCCUACUGUAGUGCAUCUGUUCUUGUCCCCCUUGUCACRACUUUUGUAGUCAUAAACUCUAGUCCUGCAAAUCUGGUAUGCCAGCUCACCUGAGAGAUGAGUCCCACUGACUUCAGUAAAGGCUUAAUGUUAAAGUACAUCUCUGUGUGCUUGCAGUAAUGAAGAGACAGUGACUCUGGUGAGCAUCAUGCAGCUUGUGUAAAACAAUACUUUAAUUGCAUAUGGCACUAUAGUGAGACCUGGUAACAGAACAUCUGGAUGUCUGCUAGAAAAAAGCAUCCACUUUUUGCCAAUAAUUCUUGCCAUGUUUGGAUGGCAGAUACAUUUUUGGCUAACUCUUUUAAGUUUGUGCAUUAAUUUGUGGCAGACUAUCAAUAAAGACACACUAUUUUCAUUUCCAAGUUUUGACUUAUGAAUUGUGAAAUAUGUAAUGACAUACCUUGAAAGUGUCUGAGGAUUUUAGUUCAAAAUAUCUUGACAGGUUUCAUUAGUUUUAUUUUUCUUUGUAACAGAAAUUCUGAAAGAUGGAGUUUUUUUAAAAUGUAGUGCAAUUUGGAAAGGCUAAAGUCAUACACUGUUUGCUUUUAGCAGUUCCAGAGUUGUUACUAUUCAGCACCAAAUGCCCCAGCCCUGUGGAAUUCAGCACAUUUGUGUGUUUUCUUAGUUAAGUGUAYGGGGCUUAUCUGUUUGCUUUGUACUUCUGAAUUCAUAGCCAGCUUUAGUCACCCAGUCCCUUUAAAUUUAAAUGUAAUGUCACACCUUCCACCUGGGAGGAGGUGGCCAGUGCCAGGGAAUCAUAAGGCACCAGUUUUGUUUGCUGAUAGCACUCUCAUUUAUAAGGUGGUGACAUAUUGCAGUAGUUGAAGUAUGAAUGACCUUCUGAGGCAGCCCUAAAUAGACCAUAUUACUGCAAAACAGGAUAUUUGGUCCAGGUAUUACAGGCGCACUUGGCAAUUCACUUUGAAAUAUUUUCAACACUUAGUUAAAAAUAAAAAGUGCUCAUUUCAGUAAGCCAGAAAUAAUAUGCUUCCAAGGAAGCAAAUUCAAGUUACCAGCCAAAGAAAGCAUUUUUCAUCUUGGAUCAUCAACAGAAUAAUUAUUUGAGAUCAGGCUAUGAUCUGUACAGCACCUCUUGUUCAUUCAGAGAUAAACCGGGCCAUUGAUUUUAUUUACAGUAUCAGCAUCCAGAGUUUAUAUGUUCCUGCUGAACAGUAAAGGUGUGCUYCUUGUCCCUUGUUACCACUUCUUACUGCUACCAGGAGUUAUCUGCGCCCUCUAAGUUAGGUGUCAUCAAAAUAGGAAGAUAUCAGUACAGGAUGAUCUUGGUUGACAUGAAAUGRUGAAACCAAUGUUAAAUGGAAAAUCAAAUUGUCUUUAGAACAGAACCCAGAGCUUUGUACCAACAGCCAUAUCCAGUACUUAAUGCCUCUUGAAUAAAACAGCCAAUGUGUUUUUCUCCAGGCAGUCUGGGAGCGUGUUGAGUGAGGAAUGUAUAAAUACUGACAUAUCUGACAAAGCUACCUAAUGCAUUCUGUGGAAAACUCACUCUUUUUAGUUUUCUAGACAUUCUCUGUAUUUAAUGCAGAGUUUGUAACAGUGAAUACUACAAAUCUACAUUGUCACAGACUGGUAUUAUUUUCUCUAUGUGUGAAUGAAGUUGGUCACUCUGGUGAUAGUACUAGUAUUAGAAYACAGGAGGCAAAGUAAUUUUAUGGGAUUUUCCUGUCUAUUAGCAAGUGUUUGGGGGGAGCAGGGGGUUGUUUUGUUUUGCUUUUGAAGGGCAUGGGUCAGGAGCAACCUGAGGCUUUUUCUUCAAUGUUUUGCAACAGCAAACUAGAGCUYCACAAAAAUGGUGCAUUCGAUCUCUCCCGAAAGGCUCUUUCUCCUCUUCCCAUAUGUUAAUUCUGAGCUGCUCUAGUGUGUUUUAAAUUAUUUGUUGUAUUUGCCAUCUGUGAAUUUUGCUUUCCUAACACUUAAAGACUGGAAUGUAAUGCUGGGUGCUGUUUGUCCCCAGAGGAAAGCAGCCUCCUUUCUGAAAUCCAACUCCCAUCCUGUUUGAAGUCUGCAAUAUAACACAGAAAUUACAGUCUGACUCCAAGUGUGCUGCUGCCCAACUCCUGGUGCAGGAUGGUUAUCAGCAGGCAUGAUAUUUUUGAGCGAUGGUGGAUUCCUGUACUUGUUUGAGAGUGGAAGAUUUGGCUAUGUCAUUGCUUUGAUUUCUGCAGCCAGCUCCCYAGCAGGAGCAGGGAGUGCCACAGUUCCUGUUGGAGGACUCCUACCCAGCACUUAACCUGAUGUUAGCAGUGAUGGGGUCUUUUUAAGCUGACAGGGUAAUUCAGUCUUUCACCAUUUCAUUGUUAGGCAUGCAAAUUCAAUUGUCUCAGCUUUCUUGACUGACAAGGGACCCUUUUCAGAUUUCACCAAGCAAUGUAAUCCUUUCAUACCCAUCAUUCACUGUUGGAAGUGUGACCCAGAGGCCUCUUAGAGGUUCAGCUGUAAUCAUGCACUUUCAAAGUCUGCAGUCAAAACGAGGUAACUGUUUAUGUUUGUGUAUGACAAAAUCCCAGACCCACUUGUUAAAGCUCCCUGUCGCUGCAACCUGUACCUGCCACCCCCUUUAUCUCUGCCCACAGGUGAUUCUAGUAACCCUGGGGUUUAGAUUUGUAAUCACCAGUGUGUAAAAAACUGUGUGACUUCUUUAUUUUUCAAAUGUUUGUGUUUCACUUKAGACAUGACUCUCCUUUUAAAGGUCUUUGUUCCUGUGAACAGCCUUUCAGRAUCUGGUAAUCUUUUUGUGGAUAUAGAUUCUUCUAAUUAAUAUGAAUAUGAUAAACACCAAUAGAUCAUUGAGAAAUAGAAAUUUCUCUUUGCAGCUUGGUGGCAAGAAUGUUAGAAAACAUGUUGCCCAAACAGUAGUAUCAGCAUCCAAGUUCUCAUCCAUAUGCUAGCCAUGGUUUGGGAAACAAGCUGGUUUUAUAUGAAAAUCUGUGAUUGCAGUAAGGCUCAAGUUCUUUACAAUUCAUCUCUGCUGCUGAAGUUUGCUWUUGCAAUAUAUGGAUUUUGCUUUAUCAUCCCCUUGAAAAAGUAUUGGAGCCUGGUGAGGUCCAUGAAAAUGGAAAGGAAGCAGACAUGUACUGCUGCUGCGUGCUUCUUAGCUGCUCUUUGGAAAUGUCUUGCUUUGAAGGCGUCUGGUGCACUUGGCCCUUCACAUUCGUUUGCAUUUGAUUUUCAGUGUCACUAAUAUCUAGCAGAUGACCACAUUAUUGAACUGAUUGCACUGGAGACACCUGAGACAGCAUAAAGAUGCUUUUUAAAAUGUAGUCAGCUACAAUCUACCUGGGUACACAUUGYCCUGGAUAAAGACAGCUCCCACUUUGUAAUGGCACAUCUGACUCUGCUACACCUUUGAGCGAGGCAUUUUGCCCUUUCCCAGGAAAGCUGUGUACAUGGUUUUACUUGUGUCAUGGGAGCACUGAAAUGUUAAUGUUUGCAAAAUGUUUUGAGAGUUAGGCAUUAAAUGCUUCCCAUUAAUUAAUUCUCAAACUGUGUAUUCCAGGGCUCUUCUACUCAAUGAUGUCCCCACAUAUGAAUAUAACUUUUGCAAUGAUAUGUAAGGCAUGUAUCUGAUUCUUCAAGUUUAAACCCAGAAAUGCAUUAUCAAAAGGUAAUGGUGCAUAUCAAAUGGUGGUUUUCACCAGCAUGUGGAUACUCAGUAGGAAGGGUGAACUGACUCAAGUUAGCCCUCUUGUGCUGCUCACCAGUUAACUUCAAUCCCCUUCURUUUGGUAGAAUAGACUGCACAGUUGCCAUUGAUAGAUUAACRUGCACCAGUUCUUCCUUCUCUGAGAACUUUUGUGCCUAAGUCCUUAAGUUCUUAGUUAUUUUUCAGAUUGAAUUUUCAUGUUUAGCUGCUUCUGGGAAGCCAGACUAACCCUUUAGGUGUAAAAAAAUACAUUGAUUGAUCAUGAAUAAGAGGGAGGAAA